AAGAAUCAUACAGCUAUGUUUACACAGAGUAAAAGAGAUCUGUAAAGGUUUCCCGACACACUGUCUUUGCUCUCUUCGUCUCAAGGAUUAUGCUGAGGAUGUCUGUUUGCCAGGGGAACAGUAUUCGCGCAGUGCCGAAUAAAGGGCACAAGUGGUGGUAAAGAUGAAGAAAAUCUUCACUUUUUGUAUACUCUUUGUCACUAUCAUCCUCCAUCUGGGUGCUUCAAUAUUCCACACGGAAGACCAAAGAUACUCCUUCCUGGAAACCAAACAGAAUCAUUACCUGUCGUCCAGGUCUUUCCAGGUCUCUAUGACCAGCGAACUCAUGCAAUGCGUGCAGAAAUGCCUCACCAAGCAAAAUUGCCGUUCAAUAAACUAUUGCAACCACGACAGCAGAUGCGAAUUGCUGGACAUCUCCGUCGUGGAAAACAACAAGAAGGAUUUAUUUCAGUGGCGGGAAGGCUGUGUUGUGGCAUGGUGGGUCAACUUAAAGGUUCGAAUAUUCACAUUUACCACCCUCGGUGAAACUGGGGCUAGUGGGCCGACGUCCACGGACGGAUACAAAGCGACACACCUAAAUGGCCUGGUUCGCUUGCAUAAUGGCAUCCAAAUAUGGAAAACACCGGAAACAGGAAAGUACGUCAUCGAAGCUUUCGGCGCUUCCGGUAGAAAUGGUACGUGUUCAUCAUGUUCGGGUUGGACUCGUGGCGGCAGGGGUGCGCAGAUCAAAGGGGUGUUUUCUUUGCAAGGUGGCUUGGAACUGAGAAUACUUGUUGGGCAACGUGGAAAGAUGGUCUCUGGAUUUUCUGGGGAUCUGCCUGGGUCUGGCGGCGGAGGAACAUUUGUCACACUAGCGGAUAACACCCCACUUCUCGUAGCCGGAGGGGGUGGGGGAGGGGGAGUAUCUACAGCCUCAGGGGGGGAUGGUGACCCGGGACAAGCAACUACAAAUGGGAGUCAUCAUGGAGGUAUUGAUGGUCAAGGGGGGAGGAUAUGUGCUACUAUUAACCCCCCUUGCCCAUUGAUAGUGGUACAGCCAUACUGUACCGGCUCUGGUUUCUAUGGUAACGGAAUUGUACAUUUUGCAACACCACCGUCAAGUUUCGUGAACGGUGGUUCGGGGGGGUCCGGUACCAGUGAAGGUGGUUUCGGAGGGGGUGGGGCUACAGUGGCGAGCAGACCAGGGGGAGGUGGUGGGUAUUCCGGGGGAGGCUUAGCAAGUUCAGGGGGGUCAACCCUUUCGUCGGAGGGCGGAGUAGCAGGAGGUGGCGGUUCCUAUAACAACGGCGCUGACCAGAAAAACAUCGCGGGCACUAACGAAGGCGACGGUAGAGUCGUUAUCACACUGAUGCUGUAGACUAACCAAUCGGUGGUGGGCAAGGGGUGGGAGGUCCAGUUUAAUGAAAACAUUGGGAGCUAUGAGGAAACACGGGAAAGAAAAGGAUCCCCUUUAUAGGUAAAGCCUGUCUAUGAUGACAAUAAAGAAUCAUGUACAGUUUAGCAUAUAAUAGCAAUGUCAAAUGGGAUUAUUAGUUAUCCGUAAGAAGUAUUUGUUUUUUUUAGAGCGGAGAGGAUAAAUGAAACAGGGGCGAAGGCAGUGGGGUGGCCAACCCCCCCCCCCCCCCCCCCCUUCUAGCAGCCAAAAAUACAGUCAAUGUAUGAGACAUUACUUAAAACAUAGGAAAUAAUUCCUUGAAAAAGGCCUUUGGAGCCCCCCCUGUGGCUACGCCGCUGAAUAUCUAUAGAUUAUUUUAUUUAUUUUUUUUUUGGUGGGGGGGGGUUCAUCAUAUUGAAUUAAAUGUUAAAAAUUGUUGUA